CUCGUCCAUUGUGUCUGUCUUUGACUUCACUUUCUUUCUCUCUCUCCAUAGCUCCCUCCCAGCCUCUGCUCCCCCUAUAAGCUUCGUUAAUGGCGUUUCAGAUCUCAAAAAACAAACUCUAAGCCUUAAGUAAACGCAAAUCCUACCCAAACCCAAUACCAAAAUCGAGAUAAAAAAAUUUCAUCCUUUCCUAUCAAAAGCCUUCAUUCUUUUCUUUUUUUCGUGUGUGUGUUUUCUUUUUUCCUUCUUUUCGAGUUUUAAUUAAUGCAUAAGAAAAUGGCGUUUUCGUUCCCAGACGAGGUGCUGGAGCAUGUGUUCUCAUUCAUACAAUCAGAUAAAGACCGGAACGCGGUGUCGAUGGUGUGUAAAUCGUGGUACGAGAUCGAGCGUUGGUGCCGGAGGAAAGUGUUUGUGGGGAACUGUUACGCUGUGAGCCCGAGGAUGGUGAUCAGACGGUUCCCCGAGUUUAGAUCCAUUGAGUUGAAAGGGAAACCGCACUUUGCGGAUUUCAAUCUGGUGCCGGACGGAUGGGGAGGUUACGUGUCUCCCUGGAUCGAGGAGAUGGCUGGAGCUUAUCCUUGGCUCGAAGAGAUUCGACUUAAAAGGAUGGUCGUUACCGACGAAAGCUUGGAGCUUAUUGCUAAGUCGUUUAAGAACUUCAAAGUGUUGGUGCUUUCUUCUUGUGAAGGGUUUUCAACUGAUGGUCUCGCUGUCAUUGCUGCUAGCUGCAAGAAUCUGAAAGAGCUGGACUUGCGAGACUGUGAAGUGGAUGAUUUGAGUGCGCAUUGGCUCAGUCAUUUUCCCGAAACAUACACAUCACUGGUGUCCCUUAACAUUUCUUGCUUAGGGUCUGAUGAAGUUAGUUUUUCAGCGUUGGAACGACUGGUGGGUAGAUGUACUAACCUCAAGACUCUCCGGCUCAACCGUGCAGUGCCCCUGGAUAAGAUUGCCAACAUUUUACGUCAUGCACCGCAGCUGGUUGAAUUCGGUACUGGCACCUACACGGCUGAUGUACGGCCAGAUGUCUACUCAGAUUUGGCCGGAGUGUUUUCUAGUUGCAAGGAACUAAAGAGCUUGUCUGGAUUUUGGGAUGUGGUCCCGGAUUACCUUCCUGCCAUUUACCCUGUCUGCUCAAAAUUAACAUCACUGAACCUGAGCUAUGCUACUAUACAAAGUCCUGAUCUUAUCAAGCUUGUAAGCCACUGUCCGAAUUUGCAGCGCCUAUUGGUACUUGAUUACAUUGAAGAUAGUGGGCUUGAGGUGCUUGCAUCUAGUUGCAAGGACUUGCAGGAAUUACGUGUGUUUCCAUCUGAUCCAUUUGGUGCAGAGCCAAAUGUGUCCUUGACAGAACGGGGCCUUGUUGCCGUAUCUUUGGGUUGUCCCAAGCUACAAUCAGUAUUGUACUUCUGCCGCCGAAUGUCUAAUGAGGCAUUAGUUACUAUUGCUCGGAACCGUCCAAACUUCACAAGGUUUCGCCUUUGUAUAAUUGAGCCUAAAACAGCUGAUUACCUGACUCUCGAGCCACUUGAUGUUGGUUUUGGAGCCAUUGUUCAGUACUGCAAGGAUCUCAAGCGUCUUUCCCUCUCUGGUCUUCUUACAGAUCGUGUAUUCGAAUAUAUUGGGACAUACGCGAAGAAGCUUGAGAUGCUGUCUGUGGCUUUUGCAGGAGAUAGUGAUUUGGGACUACAUCAUGUGCUUUCCGGGUGUGAAAGCCUUCGGAAACUGGAGAUCAGAGAUUGCCCCUUUGGUGACAAGGCUCUUUUGGCCAAUGCUGCAAAGCUGGAGACAAUGCGAUCCCUUUGGAUGUCUUCUUGCGCUGUGAGCUUCGCAGCAUGUAAGCUGCUAGGUCAGAAGAUGCCAAGGUUGAAUGUUGAAGUUAUAGAUGAGAGGGGACCUCCUGAUUCAAGACCAGAGAACUGCCCAGUUGAUAAGCUCUACAUAUAUAGGUCCAUUGCAGGGCCAAGGUUCGACAUGCCUCCUUUUGUUUGGACAAUGGAUGAAGAUUCUGGAUUGAGGCUUUCAUGAGAAAUCUCCUCGGAUUCAGCUCGUUUGAUCUCAAGAAUGAAUGUCUCAGGUACAUGUUCCUUGUGUUACUCAUUGUUCCCGGUUCAGUUUUAUGCAGCCUAAUCCAGACAUGAUUGGAGUGGGAACAUAAUAUGGAGGCUGUUCAAGGCUUUGAGAGCUAGAUUGCCAUACAUUUCGCCCUUGCCUGAGCUAUCGGGUACACCACGUAACGAAUUAAUAAAGAGAUGGAAACUCCGGUUGUUGUGUAUCAAUCAAAGGUUUUAUUUGUUUCCCCAUUGUUACCAUCUAAUACAAUUUAUAGAAUUUUGGAUGUUUAUGGAUUUCUGUCGCCUUUUAUUUUGGGGGUAGUAAUCAUCUAGUGGACUUAAUGUUGUCAUUGUUAGCCUUAAUGGAGUAAUAAAAGUUGAGAGUAUUCGGCCUUCA